AUGUGGCUUCCAAAUGCAAAAGGUAGUACAUUGGGGAAAAAGGGAGGCCGCAAUGGGCUCGUUGCUGUUGCCGUGGACAAUGACAAAGCAAGCCAACAUGCGAUCAAAUGGGCCAUCGACAAUCUCCUUUCCAAGGCCCAAAUUGUCAUUCUCAUUCACGUCCUUCAGAAGCCCGAUUGCCACGCCUAUUCCAUUAAUUGUGGUGUUAAUGGAGCUGCUGGUUCAGACAAGCAAAUACUUGAUAAGCAGACCAAAGAGCUGUUCCUCACCUAUCAUUGCUUUUGUACUCGUAAAGAUAUACUGUGCUUUGAUGUGGUAUUGGAGGACGUUGAUAUUUCAAAAGCAAUAACAGACUAUGUUGCCCAGGCUGCUAUCGAGAACUUGGUUCUUGGCUCAUCCCGUCAUGGCUUUAUCAGAAGGUUUAAGACUGUGGAUGUCCCGAGCAGUGUAUCUAAAGCAGCACCUGACUUCUGCACCGUUUAUGUAAUCUCAAAAUCAAAAAUUUCAUCCGUUCGGAACGCAUAUCGAAUAGCCCCUUUCACGUCCCCUCUCAUGAGUCAAAUACAGCAAAUGCAGCAGGAAGCCAGCACUAAUAAUCCGCCACCUAACCGCCAGCCCAAGAACAGGCCUAGCAUGAAAGCGAGACAAACGCUAAAAGCACGUGAAAUUUCUCGAACAGGCUCGGGAAGAUCGACCCCACGUAAGAGUGGCGUUGAUGAGUCCGAUUUACUCAGGUCGCCGUUUAUGGCGAGAGGGUACAAUGCAAGCAUGUUUGACAUGUCCGAAACAGAUACAGAUAUAUCUUUCAUAAGCUCCGACCGCCCGAGUACUGAUAGGGCAAUGAUGAUGGAAAUGGGGCCCACAUUCUUAGAUGGCUUGGAUUCGGCUCGCACUUCGAGAGUGUCGAUAAGCUCUGAGAGUAGUUUGGGGUCAUCCGCUUGCCAUGGGACUAAGCUCAGCGACAUGAGCUCGUUCACUGCUUUUUCGACUUCGUCGCUCGAAAAUGCCGCUCGUCUGGCAGCCGAACAAGAGAAAGCCAAGUACAAAGCAGCCAUGGAGAAUGCUAAGGUGGCUCAGAGAAUUGCGGAGAUUGAGUCCCGAAAUAGAGUAGGCAUCGAAAAACGGACCCUUGCGGAGUCUGACAACAAGGAUAGUGUGUUCCCGUUGAGGUAUAGACGGUACAGCAUUGUAGAAAUUGAGGAGGCCACUGAGAAUUUUACUCAGUCGCGCAAAAUCGGAGAAGGCAGUUAUGGUCCUGUGUAUAAGUGUUAUCUUGAUCAUACGGCUGUUGCCGUUAAGAUCUCAAUGGGCCUCAACUUCCUCCACCAAACAAAGCCCGAGCCCCUCGUCCACCGCGACCUCAAGCCCGGCAACAUCCUCCUCGACCGAAACUUCGUCAGCAAGAUCUCCGAUGUCGGACUCGCGCGUCUCGUCCCUCCCUCUGUGGCCGAGGAAGUCACGCAAUACCGCAUGACCUCUGCUGCAGGCACUUUUUGCUACAUCGAUCCCGAGUACCAGCAGACGGGCAUGCUCGGUGUGAAAUCCGACGUCUACUCUCUCGGGAUUGUUCUUCUUCAGAUCCUCACGGCCCGGCCACCAAUGGGCCUUGCGCACCAUGUGGGCCGGGCCGUGGAGGAAGGGCGGCUGGCGGAGAUGCUGGAUCCGUCAGUGCCCGACUGGCCCGCCGAACAGGCGCUAGCACUCGCCAGGCUGGCGCUGAGGUGUGCCGAGCUCAGAAGGAAGGAUCGACCGGACCUUGGGAAGGUCGUGGUGCCCGAGCUCAAUCGGUUGAGGGAGUUUGGGGAGGAAAGGAUGGGGCAUUGUUUUCUUCUUCCUAACCAUAGUCGUGUUUCGGAAAAGAAGAUUGCGUUUAGCUUGGAGAGGCUCUCAGCGGAACUAGAUGAAAUAGGCUGGGGCAGACGAAAGAGCUACGUGUAGAUUUAGGUAUAGUGCGGAUCAUAAGAAUAUAAAAUAGUCGUAUUGAGGUAUUCGGAAGAAGCUAUUGUUCAUUUGUUUAAAAUCAACGCGAAUAUGAUAAUGUCGGGAUUCAUUUAUUGGAAGUUUC